AUGAGCCAAAAAGAGGGCAACCCUCAGCAGGCGGUGGUGGCGGAGAAUCCACUCUCGAAGAAGGUCAAUAAGAUUCUGAGCUUUGAGGUUGACCAGGACACCUUGACAGCGCUGAAGAAUGUCUCGGAGCUGGCGGUGGAGAAUAACCUGACGACGAGGCGAAACCUGCGAGCAAACAUUGAGAAGCAAAGUCUGCAGAUCAAUGAGCAGUUCAUUGGCGCCUUCCAGGAGGCGUUCACCCACCUGACGGUGCUCACCGAUCAGGUGCACUUUAUCGACCAGACGUGUCAGAAGAUGAUGGACAAGAUCGAGGAGCUGAAGCUGCAGACGUCCGAUUUUCUGCAGCAGACGAGCCAGGUCAACUCUGAGCUGAAGAAGCUGGCCACCAAUGAGAGGGUGCUCAAUGAGUUCAUCGGCGAGUACCAGCUCGAUCCGGUGGAGCUGUCGAUGAUCACCACGGUGGCAAGUCAGCAGCACCAGCAUCAGCAACUGGUCAUCGACGACCGCUUCUUCACCGCUCUGGGGAAGAUCCAGGCGAUCCACGAGAAGGCCAAGACGACACUGGCCAACAACCAGCACAUCACUGGCUUCGAAAUCAUGGACCUCAUGUCAAAGUACGAGGAGCUGGCCAAUGAGAAGCUCUACCGGUGGGCGAUUGGCGUCCUGCGGACGAUCACCGCCGCCAACCUCGACACGGUGCUCGAACUUCAUUCGAACUCCCUCUUUCGAGCGCUGGCCAGUCUGCAGACGAAGGAGGUGCUCUUCAAGCACUGUAUGGACGAGUACACCACCGUUCGGCGGAGUGCCGUCUCGCACGCCUUUAUCGAAGCACUGACAAGAGGACGGAGUUCAGGAAGUACAAGUGGAUCAUCUUCAACCUCUUCCGCCCACCACUACCCCGCAAUGGAGCGCUACUCGGCGGACAUUCGCCGCUACGUCUCUGACAUGCUCUCUUUCAUCUACCAAACGGUGGUACUGGAAAGGGAGACACUUUCUACGCUGCUGAAGCUCUGCGACCGACAGAGACUGACCAGUGAGGGCACCCUACAGACGGUGCUCUCCGCCAUCACCGAAGGCCUGACGCGGCCGCUAAAGAUUCGCGUCGAAAAUAGUCUGAUUAGUGGCAAUACUAGUGGUGGCAGUGGCAUCAACAGCAAGACCACCUCCAACCUCAAAAACCCCGGAGACGGAACGACAAAGGCGUCGCACGAGAAGACCAAGAGCUACUUUCUGGUGAAGAGCAUUCUCGC